AUGGAUCGUGUUUGCUUUGCUUCCGACCAAGAGGAUUCCAUAGUGGCCGCCAGCUCGAAACAUAUUGAAGUUCCUCGUUUGCCGGCAAGCGACCUAGGAAAAGCAAGUAGCAAUGGAGCCCGAGAUAACAGCACUGGCCAUGGCGCAAAAUUCGUCGUACCUGAAGGAUGGAAGUUGUGCAUCCACCCUCAAGGGAUGAUCUACUUUUACAAUUCGGCGCUCAGAAUAGUCGUUGAUGAAGAUGUACGGGAUGCAGCCAUAUAUCGCAGCACAAUGCAGAAAUUCGAGGAUCUAGUCUCUCUCGGCGCCGUCAUGGAGGAGGACGAGCUGGAACUAUGCCUUCAGCCUGAUACUCCGGAUGAAACCGCUGGGCAGUUCGACAUGUUUGUCAACCACGUCGACUGUAUUGCUUCGUAUAACAUUCAGGACGUACGCCCUGGUACGGCGGCUCAACUUGAUCCUCGAACUUGUGAGUAUCUUGCCUAUGACCGGUAG